UCAUUCUUCACCUCAACGGCUCGUUUCCCGCACCAUAAUAAGCCCACUACUCACUACUCACUACUCACUACUCACUACUCACUACAACUUCCUUCCCAAAGUCACGACCCUAAUUCUCUUAUUCUAAAACCAAUAGAAUUAAUGGAAUCUCCUACAGUAGUUCAGCAUGUCACAAAGGCCUCCUCUGAUCAACUCCUCCGCAAGUUCGCCGACUCUGAUUCGGAUAAUGAAAUACAAACCCCUUCUUCGGCUCGUAAACGACAAGGUCACAAGAAGAGAAAAGAUAACAUUAACAAUUGGGAGCUGUGCAUUGUAAUAAGCCCAUCAAAGGAACUAAAUAGUAAUGGAAGUUUAAGGGUGCUUGAAAGGAAGUCUUUACUUCCUCAACAUUAUAAGACUAGGCGUUCUUCUCGAAGCUUCUUCGUUAAGCAUCUUGCUAUUUCUACCAGGUCUCAUCAUUUUAGAACCAACUCUCUUCUUUCCGCUAUUGACAAGACAUGGAGCAAGGCUGUUAGAGGCGCUUCCAAGGUUUUCAUGGAAAAGCAUUAUAAUCGCCAUAGAUGUUUGAUUGAUGACAUUGUCGUUUAACUUAGUUUUAUGCAUGGUUUUUUUUUUUUUUUUUUAUUUUGUUUAUUCAUUUUUUAUACUA